GCGCGCCGGCCGCACCGGAAGUGGUGGCGGGUCCGCGCGGAUGGCGGCGGCGGCGGCAGCGGCGAUGACGGCGGCGGGCUGCGGAGGGGCUGGGGCAGCACGCUCCCUCUCCCGCUUCCGAGGCUGCCUGGCGGGCGCGCUGCUCGGGGACUGCGUGGGCGCCGUCUACGAGGCGCGCGACAUCGUCGACCUGACGUCAGUCCUGCGUCAGGUCCAGGGCCUGGAGCCGGACCCCGGCUCGCCGGGGAGCGCGCGGACAGAAGCAUUGUGCUACACAGACGACACAGCCAUGGCCAGGGCACUGGUGCGGUCCCUGCUGGCCAAGGAGGCCUUCGACGAGGUGGACAUGGCUCACAGGUUUGCUCAGGAGUACAAGAAAGACCCGGACCGGGGUUAUGGCGCUGGGGUGAUCACUGUCUUCAGGAAGCUCCUGAGCCCCAAGUGCCGUGAUGUCUUUGAGCCUGCCCGGGCCCAGUUUAACGGCAAAGGCUCCUAUGGCAACGGGGGCGCCAUGCGGGUAGCCGGCAUCUCCCUGGCCUAUAGCAGCGUCCAGGAUGUGCAGAAGUUUGCCCGGCUCUCAGCCCAGCUGACACACGCCUCCUCCCUGGGUUACAACGGUGCCAUCCUGCAGGCCCUGGCUGUGCACCUGGCUUUGCAGGGUGAGUCGUCCAGUGAGCACUUCCUCGAACAACUCCUGGGCCACAUGGAAGAGCUGGAGAGGGAUGCCCGGUCUGUGUCGGAUGCUAGGGAGUUGGGCAUGGAGGAGCACCCAUACUCCAGCCGACUGAAGAAGAUUGGGGAGCUUCUAGAGCAGGACUCAGUGACCAGAGAGGAGGUGGUGUCUGAGCUAGGGAAUGGCAUUGCUGCCUUUGAAUCUGUGCCCACUGCCAUCUAUUGCUUCCUGCGCUGCAUGGAGCCCGACCCUGAGAUCCCCUCUGCCUUCAACAGCCUCCAAAGGACUCUCAUCUAUUCCAUCUCACUUGGUGGGGACACAGACACCAUUGCCACCAUGGCUGGGGCCAUUGCUGGCGCCUACUACGGGAUGGAGCAGGUGCCAGAGAGCUGGCAGCAAAGCUGUGAGGGCUAUGAGGAAACAGACAUCCUGGCCCAGAGCCUGCACCGGGUCUUCCAGAAGAGUCUGUGAGGGCCACAGCUGCUGGGGCUCCGCCAUGUGCAGCAGGACCAGCUACAGCUCGGAUCGGAAACCCUGGGCUCCCUCAGGCUUGGCCCUCAGUCUUCCUGGGUGUGGCCAGAGUGUACUCUUGGGGCUGGGGUCUCCUUCGGGGAGGUCACUGAACAGUGAGGGAGGGACGGGUGCCAUCUGGUGCUGGGUUCCUGGCUUCUGCAGAGCCUUGGUGCUCCCGGCUCCACAGUCAGACAUGAGGGACUGGGGCAGGUUUUAUUUUGGAGAGGAACUUGUGGCAUUUUCCUUUAUUAUCUAGGACAUGGGAUUUGGGGAGGUGGAAAUGAUCUACAGUAGCAUCAUUUCUCCUUGUUGGGAUUUAGCCAGUCUGCCAGGAAGCCUGCCUCUGACUGCAUGGGACCCCCAAGCGCCAAGCAUAUACAGAUCAGGAGACAGGCAUGUGAAUCCAGGUGAUCUAGAUGCACACCUGGCCCUUGGCUGUAGUGGGUCUUGUUAACAACUUCCGGAUGAAGUCACAGAGCAAUAAACGGUUUUUGGUAAAUCCCA